AUGAAAGUAAAUGUUUAUUCUCAUCAAACACGCUAAAUAUUAGGUUUAGCUUAAAAAUAAUGUAUAUAAAAAAUUUUAAAUGACACCAUGGUGCACCAUCAAAAAUUUAAAAAUUUUUUUAACAGAUUUUACUCAUACCGCAAAAUAAGCAUCCGUAACAAAUAAAUAAAGCAGCUUGUAAGGAGGAAAAUCUGAUAAUCAGGAUUACCGAUAUGAGGUUCUCGCCUUUGUUUACUAGCGAAUUUUUAGGUCAGGAUCUUCCUCAGGGUAUUGUGGGAUAUAUUUGCGAUUGCUGAAUAGAUAAGCGUUUAUUGAGGUUUAUGGAGUUUUUACUUGUUUUUUUAUAACGUUUACUUUCUAAAUUUAGUUCAAUAAACAAAUAAAUAAAAUUUUAAUAAUAUAAAAAUAUGGCCUAUUUUAUACUUUUUUUUCAGCACGACGCGGAAGCCGUGAACGAUGUGGAGAAGUUGCGUGAGAUUCAAGGAGAAAUUGAUGAACUCGACCGUCAAGCUAACGAAGACGAACGUAAAAGGUACGGCCGAUUGUCGGGUGUAACAUGGAUUAACCAGAAGAACCGUGAGAAAAUGAGAAACAACUUUUUGGACCCAACUAAACUUAAAUUUGACACAAAUCGAGAAGAUGAUCCAUUUACAAGGAAAUCGAGCCGAGCCAAAGUUGUCGCUGGAGUGUCUAAGAAGCUAAAGGCUGAGAAGGAGGCUAAAGAAGGUAAACGGUAUUUUGAUUAUUAGGUUGAAAAAAGGUUUUGAGUUGUUUUAUUUUUGUCUUUAGGUGUUUUUCUAAUAUGGGGGUGUAUUUGCACAUUUUGUUUUUUAUUAAUUGCAAAAUUUUCAGAUGAAAAAGUGACAAUAGCCGCGGCGGGGACAGCGUCACUAUCACUGAAAACAACACCAAAACCCAGUUCUACAUCAAAUAAUGUAUUCGCGCAGCCACAAAAACGAGUUAGUCAUCUGUCGAAGCAUUUGGACGUUAACAUUGACAUUGAUAUCUAA